AUGAUUAAUAGGAGCGACUACAAUUGGGGGGUUCCGGAAGUAGAGUCGAUCGAAAAGUACGGAGAUGGGGGAUUGUAUCCUGUUCAUAUCGACGAUCGGUUCCAGGAUGGACGAUACCAGAUAUUGAAUAAACUUGGUUUCGGAAGUUUCUCAACAGUCUGGGCCGCUUGGGAUCAUCGUAAUAAAUCUCGUGUCUCGUUAAAGGUUAUUAGGGCCGAGAAUUCGGAGAACAACUUAGAGCUUCGAAUCCUACAACGUAUUCAACAAGGUACUACUCAACACCCCGGCCACAAGUACCUUCCUCGACUUUUAGACCACUUCUACGAAGGUAGCGCUGAAAGAAGAAAUCUAUUCCUUGUUCUAGAGCUUCUAGGACCUAAUGUCAACGACGUUAUGCGUUUUCGACCAAAGCAGCGCUUCAAUCUAUCGUCUUCCUGUCGCCGAAUCUCUAAGCAACUCCUCCUAGCGGUAGACUGUCUGCAUUCGCUUGGAAUUGUACAUGGAGAUAUUUACCUGCGCAAUAUUUUAUAUCGCCUUCCGGAUAAUAACGAACUCAACCUAACCGAAGUAAUUAAAGGCGGAGUCUCUAGGAAGGAUGGUGCUCCUCUUGAAGAAGGAUUACCAAGAUAUCUCGUAGAGCCGCUCGACCUUACACGUCAGCGUAAAAGAUUAGAGUUUGAAAAACUCAAUCACAUACAACUUAUCGACUUUUCUUCAUCCUUCUUUGAAUCGGAGCCCCCAGAAUCGAUAUAUACACCGAUACCUUUUUCUCCUCCAGAAUUGAUUUUUGGGAAGCCCUUAGACAAAAAAAUUGAUAUCUGGAAUCUUGGAUGCACAACUUUCUCCAUUGCUACUGGCGGAGACCUCUUUAUAGAAUGGUUUGACAAGCGCCAUAUUAUACCCCAAAUAUACGACGUUAUCGGUGAAUCAUCUGCUCCUUGGCUUCUCAGUGCCAUUUUUGAUGCAGUGCAGAAUCAGGAUUGGAAAGAUCUCCCGGUUGUUACCGACGAAAAGCUAUCGCUAUACUUUGAUAGUGGUCAUAGCGCUAUUACUUCUAAAAAGGAGAAGAGGCGCGUAGGAGCCCUUAAAAGAUAUCUUCGAAAGGCAUUAAUUCCAGACCCAUCAAAGCGGCCAGCAACAGAAGAGCUACUAGCUGACGGGUGGGUUCAGAUAGAAGCUGACUAA